AUGGCGCGUGCAAAACAGAGCGUACCAAGGGUAGCCCUCCACGAAAGAGUGUCUACGAAAAACCUAAGAUACUCGCAGCAGCAUCCCAGUACGGCUCUUGCUCUCCAUGGAACCGCCAUCUCUGGAUCCGAGACCUCUGGAACCGCCUUGAAUACUGGAAAUACGAGGACUGGACCGACAAACGUUAACCUUGACAGAAAGUUCUUAUGUGACAGGACCUACUAUCACACGUACAGUCACGGAGACCAGCAGCGUUACGAGUCUACCUCAACCAUCACCAACACUAUAACUGUCCCAACCACCAGUUCCAUUACACAAACUAUAACUACAACUACGACAACGGGAGGCACUUUCACAGUAACGAACGAUGUGCCAACGACAACUACAGUCUUUAGCACCACCACUGAGGUAUCGAGUUACACAUCGACCUCGACCGAAUAUGUCAAUGCUGGACAGACGAUCACGAGUACGAGCACCGAGCAAGUUACGAGCACACUGACGGCGACGGCUACUUCGACCGAAACUUCGACGAUGACGAACACUUUCACAGAUGUCGUAACACAGACCGUCAGUAACACUAUAACUACGACUGAAACGACAACGGCAACGUCUGGUACGAUCACUGUCAGCAUCACGUCGACCGUAUCAGCAACGGCGACAGUUACUUCAACUCUAUCUGCCACAGCAACAAUUACCGACAAUCACGUCAACUAUCACGUCAACUCUGUCUGGCACUUCAACAGUCUCCGCUACGUCAACAGUCACCUCGACGCUGUCCGCUACGUCAACGAUCACGUCGACACUCUCAGCCACCGCAACAAUCACUUCAACUAUCACAUCGACAUUGUCUGGCACUUCAACAACCACUUCAACAAUCUCCGCGACUUCAACCGUCACGUCUACACUUUCAGCCACCUCGACAAUUACGUCAACUCUAUCUGCGACUUCAACGAUUACUUCGACCAUCACGUCGACCAUCACCGGGAAAGUAUCAACUGUUUCUACUACGGAAACAGUCACAUCGACUGA